UUAACUAUUAAUAAUAAUAAUAAUGCCAUUAAUGAAAGACGAUGAAGUCGGUAAAGCAGCGGACAAGCGGUUCUUUAUUCGCUAGCAGGACGUGUUAAGACUUUGUUGGAUUUCAUUGUGUUUUCUGUCGCUGGGGUUAGCCUUUUAUUUUUCUUUGAACCAGUGUGUGACACGUAGCUAGUUGUUAAAGGAGAAUGAAUGAGAGUGAAGGAGCCGUGGUGCUGUUAGAAUAAUGCUCUUUCUUUUUUCAUAAUCGACAUUGUUUGGUUAACACACGUUUCAGCAUCAGGGGCAAAUGUGCUCUUUAAAAAGCCCCUGUUGUAGUUGUGCGGCGGCUAUUAUUAUGCUAGCUUAGCUAGAGGGGAACAGCUGUGUUUGUAAAUAGGAGGGCGGGCGCGCGCAGGCAGGGGACGUGUCUGUAGGAGGGUUAGCGACUUUUGCAUUUAUAUUUAGCAUUUAUCAAUGUUAUACUUUAUCAAUAUACUUUAUUUAAUCACAAACUAUCCCAAAACACCACAGGAGGAACUGUUUUGAUACUGAACCACAUACGUUCAGUUAAGCUGUGUUUACCGUCGGUGUUUAAAUGAUAAAUGACCCGCACUUGUAUAGCGCCUCUCAGAGUAAGGACUCCAAAGCGCUUUACACUACAGUGUAUCAGUCAUCCAUUCACACACACAUUCACACACAGAUGGUGAUGAGCUACGAUGUAGCCACAGCUGCCCUGGAGCGCACUGACAGAGGCGCAUAAUACUGACCCAUAAUAGUGGCUGAAGAGGGUAACAUUGAGUACAAGUUAAAGCUAAUAAACCCAACACAAAACCGCUUUGAGCACCUGGCAACACAGAUGAAAUGGCGACUGCAGGAGGGUCGAGGCGAAGCUGUCUAUCAGAUCGGUGUCGAGGAUAACGGCAUGCUGGUGGGGCUGUCAGAAGAGGACAUGAGGGCAUCACUAAAUACCCUACAUAGGCUUGCAGAGAAAGUUGGAGCUGACAUUGCUGUUCUCAGAGAACAGGAGGUGGAUUACGACUCUGAUGUGCCUCGGAAGAUCGCUGAAGUUCUUCUUCGAAAGGUGCCCGACGACCAGCAGUUCUUAGACCUGCGAGUGGCGGUCCUCGGUAACGUGGACUCUGGAAAGUCCACUCUGUUGGGUGUUUUAACGCAGGGCGAACUGGACAACGGACGGGGAAGAGCGAGGCUCAACCUCUUCAGACAUCUACACGAGAUCCAGACUGGACGCACCUCAAGCAUCAGCUUCGAGAUUCUCGGCUUCAACAGUAAAGGAGAGAUUGUAAAUUACAGUGAGUCUAGGACUGCGGAGGAGAUUUGUGAGAGUGCCUCCAAGAUGAUCACAUUCAUUGAUCUGGCGGGUCACCACAAGUACCUGAAAACCACCAUUUUUGGCCUCACCAGCUACUGUCCAGACUUUGCGAUGCUGGUCGUCAGCGCCAACACUGGCAUUGCUGGAACAACACGGGAGCAUCUGGGCCUCGCCAUGGCUCUGAAGGUGCCCAUCUUCAUUGUCAUCAGCAAAGUGGACCUCUGUACACGAGCUACCGUGGAGCGCACAGUGCGCCAGUUGGAGCGUGUCCUGAAACAGCCGGGCUGCAACAAAGUUCCCAUGGUUGUGAGCAGCACAGACGAUGCCGUCACAGCAGCACAGCAGUUUGCCCAAUCACCCAACAUUACACCUAUCUUCACCUUAUCCAGCGUGACUGGCGAGAGUUUAGACCUGCUCAAAGUCUUCUUCAACAUCAUCCCUCCUCUCAGCAACAGCAAGGAGCAGGAGGAGCUCAUGCAGCAGCUCACCGAGUUCCAGGUAGAUGAGAUCUACACGGUGCCAGAAGUGGGAACGGUGGUGGGAGGGACUUUGUACAGUGGUAUUUGCCGUGAGGGGGAUCAUCUUGUGGUAGGGCCCACAGAGUCGGGUCAGUUCCAAAAGUUGACCAUUGGCAGCAUCCAAAGAAAUCGCUCAGCAUGCAGGGUACUCAGGGCCGGCCAGGCAGCUACUCUCGCCCUGGGCAACUUUGAUCGCUCUCUACUACGCAAGGGCAUGGUGAUGGUGAGUCCAGAGAUGGAUCCUACCAUCUGCUGGAUGUUCGAGGCUGAGAUCGUGCUGCUCUUCCAUGCUAAGACCUUUCACAAGGGCUUCCAGGUUACUGUGCACAUUGGCAACGUGAGACAGACCGCCACAGUGGAAGCAGUUUACGGCAAGGAGGAGCUGAGGACGGGGGAGAAAGCGGUGGUUCUCUUCAAAUUCAUCAAACACCCAGAAUAUCUAAAAGUUGGGGCUAAAGUGCUCUUCAGGGAGGGCCUGACCAAAGGUAUUGGUCAUGUCACCAUGCUACACCCCAUCGCCCAGUACCAACCAUCCUAGGACGAGGAGGAAAUCUAAACUUCCCUUUUAGACGACAAAAAAACUGUUUUCAUAAAAGGUGCUUCAGAAGCAACAUCUUGCUUUUAUCAGAUGCUCAGUCCAGCCCCAGCAAAGCAAAACUCUUCUACAGAAUUUAUUUUUGUAUUUUCACCUUUGUCCAAAGCCAUAUCACCAUCCGGUUUGUUUCUCUUCUUCUGCCUUUAAAAUAGCCGAUGACAUUUUAAAAUUCUGUUGUUUGGUGUUGAUGUUGAAAGAGUGUGGUGGCUGUUACGGCGGCGAUACAAGGAACUCCCUCAGCCACCCGUGCAACACAUCACCACUGAAACAUGUCAGUGAUUUUAAGAGAGGAGGCGAUUGUUUGUGUUGGAAUUGCUGCUUACCAAGUUUACAACUCAACCCACUCCUAAAAUAUUUGCACGCACUUUUGCACUGAAUUACAAAUGCCAGUGUUGAUGUCCUUGUUUGCAAAGGAGGUGCUUUUGACAUCGGGAAGUGAUAGCAGGCAGUGAUCCACAGCAGCUAAUCUGUUUUACCAGCAUUGUGCCUAAAAGCCUCUCAUCGUAUUUGAAUAAGAGCUUUUCCAAAAGUAAUGGCCGUCACUUUAAAGUUGGUCGGAUAAAAGUUGGAAUGUUUUGCCUGCAGGCUGUGCUGUUGACACUUUAAGAACGUAAAAGAAAUGACAACUUGAUCUAGAUUGUAAGUCUUUAUAGUACAUACAUGUCCAUGAAAAUGAUUGUUUCUAUUCACUAAUAAUGCCUCACGAUAACUUGGUGAGAUGGUUAGAAGUCUCUUUGGGUAUUUUUCAAGUGCUUUAGUCACUCAGGGCAGUGUAGAUGAUGUAUUAGACAGCAUUCCACAUUCAGAGCCAGCGGAGGGUUCUGUUGCUGAUUAGGGACGUUUUUAGGGAAAGUCAGUUUUUUUUUCCCUUCCAAAGAUGUGUGUUAGAUGAGGAGUUGGUGUGUGAAGCUGGAUACUGACACAGCUUUGCUGAUAAGUACUGUUGGACGUAGUCGAUGUUGUUUGUUGUUACUGACGUCAUGAGCUUUGUAGAGGUUCAACACAGUGCCUAGAGAAGCUACGGGAGUAGCCUUCCAUUACAACCCAAAGUUUCACAACUUAGAUUACAUAAGUUAAGUUGGUGCUACGUCUAAAAACAAGCUUGGGUUUAAGAAAACUUGAUAAUGUUCUGUUCGAGGCAGUUCCCGACCACACCGUCGGUCCUGUAUGCAUGGUGGACCUGAUGUCCAAUGUUGUGGUACCCGUGUUUUGAUGCACAGAAAACUUAAAGAAUAAACAUCAACCAAAUGAUUUUGUAUCAUUUGUAGAGUUCAGGUGUUUGGUUCAAUGCACCGUGGUUGUAUUUGAUAGAUUUCUAGUCGAUUUUACAGUUAUUUCACAGUUUUUAUAAUCUUCAACCCUUUAAUAUCUUAAUUCUUUAGUAUUUAGGUUCCAAACCUGGUUCCCUUUUUAAUUCAAAGUAUAUUUGAUAAUUCUGUGAGUGAAAUGCAAUAUUUAUGUACAGAUCCAAUUUGUGUGUCAUGAGUACAUAAAUAAAUUCUUUAUUAGCUCCUGA